UCUGGCUGUGUCUCUCUGUCUCCCGUUCAGCAUUGCCUUCUCUCCGCACAGCAACCGACACCCCAGCUAAGUUGCGCAUUGACCCUUACCGGCUUUCUCCGUAGACCGCCCAUGGAGGCGUUUUGUGGAGAUGCAUACUGGAGAGUUAUCCCCGGAAUAUGUGCGAACUAGUUGUAUGUGUGGGUUAAGCUUGUUUGCAUUCGAGAGUCUACAAGAUUUUCGGUCUGGGGUCCCGUCUUUACUGGGCAUUCCCAGUAUAUCCGUUGUAAGACCUUGGCUCUACGUGAGGUAUAUAUAGCUUUCCAAACCCAGCCUGACAGACGACUAUAUCACAACGUCUUCUUUCCACCCUUCCUAUCGAUUGAUCAAUAUCUGGAGCGAGCACCAGAGCCCCAAAGUCGUCACUCGGAUGCGUUAGCAGUCGCCAACCUUCACCAUGGGCUACACAACUUAUUGGAGGAAGCUCUCAGCUUCACAGCUCAACAUCGCUAUUCAGGCUUUCUCCCUGAUCUCCAUUUUCUUUGAAGGCUAUGACCAAGGUGUGAUGGGCGGUGUCAACAGUUCGCCACGCUACGUCGAGGAAGUGGGCAUCGGUAACUCGGAUGGCAAGAUCACCGAUACCUUACACGAAGGUGGUAUCGUCUCUAUCUACUACCUUGGCUGUAUAGUGGGCAGUUUUGUAGGCGGAUGGUUAGCCGAUCGCAUUGGUCGCAUUAAUGGUCUUUGGAUUGGUGCUGUCUUUGCUCUAGUCGGUGGUGCUCUUCAGGCUGCUACACAAUCCUCCGAUUUCAUCCUCGUUGCUCGCAUAGUCACUGGCCUUGGAACUGGUGCACUCACCGGUAUCACCCCUGUGCUUGUUUCCGAGACCUCUUCGGCUUCCCACCGCGGUGGUUUUCUUGGAUACGUUUUCAUCGCCAACUACUUGGGCAUCUCGGUUGCCUACUGGCUCUCAUUCGGCCUUGCUUUCAUAAACAAUGGCUACUCUGAUAUACGCUGGCGAUUCCUUCUGGCAUUCCAGUGCAUCCCAGCCCUACUUCUCCUUCUUGGAAUAAAGGCGCUUCCAGACUCUCCCCGUUACCUUGCAUCCGUUGGUCGUUAUGACGAUGCGCGUGAGGUUCUUACCCAUGUCCGCGGCGGCUAUACACCUGAUGUUGAGCAGGAAUUCCUCGAAAUUGUUGCUGUGGCCAAAGAGAGUAAGCCUAGCUCCCCUGUGGAGUUCGCUAAAAUUCUCAUCGGUCGGAGUGGCAAGCCUGGCGCUCACUUGGGCCGCCGCGCCUGGCUCUGUUUGUUACUGCAGAUUAUGGCUUCUUGGAGUGGUAUCACUGCUGUCACCGCAUACUCUCCCACACUGCUACGGGCUGCGGGCUACUCCACACUUACCCAGAAUGGCUUGGCCGGUGGUCUCAACACUGUUGGCAUUAUUGGAACAAUCAUCUCUGCUAAUAUUGUGGACCGUCUCGGACGCCGCAAGUGUCUGAUGCUGGGCUCGUUUGGGCUUUUUGCUGUCAACUUGAUCGCUGCCUCGCUAUACGAAGCGUCUCGGUCCCAGCCUCAAAAUGCAGGGUCAUUUGCGCCUGCGGCCGUCGCCAUGCUGUUCCUUUUCAAUCUAAUCUACGCGUCGACCUGGGGCACCGUCGCUUUCUUGAUCCCCACUGAGAUCUGGAGCUCCGAUAUGCGCGCACAAGGAAACGGGUUCGGUAUCACAGGCUGGGCUAUCGGCGUUGGUAUGACCGUCCUAGUCAACCCGGUCAUGUUCGCAAAGCUAGAAAACCGCACGUACUUCCUUUUUGCUGGUCUUAACUUACUCUGGAUCCCCGUCGUAUACCUCUUCUACCCGGAAACCGCGGGUCGCUCCCUCGAAUCUAUUGGCGCCCUCUUCUCGACGAAGAGCCCUUUCAACUGGCACAUGGAACAGGCCUACCGCAACCAGGGCGAGUUGCUGAAAAAGAAGGGCGUUCCUGAUGUCGAGCAUUCGGAUUAUUUUGAUAAAGACAAGGCUCUCGAGCUUGAAUCUGUUUGAGCGGCCCCUUCAGAUAUGUAUUGCAGAUUAGUGAGCUGCAUGCAUUGCGUUCACAAUAACAUAAACGAACUCUGGCGCAUAGAGAUAUAUGUUUUAGAUUAACUGGGCGUCGUACUUUGGUAUUGGUAGGGGUUGUUUGUGGGAAGGAGCUGCGUCUGUUUGUCGUUAGUGAACCCA